GGGACAUUUUAUUGAAUUAUUGAAAUCUAUGUGGAAAACAAAUUUUAUCCAACAAAAUUGGUCAAAACAGAUUCAUUUUAACUCAAAGUUGGUUUUGCUUUCAGAAGGAUAAAAUUUUGAAAGCUACGUAUACCAAAGUAAUGAUGAUGAUGACAUUGUUGUUGUUAUUGUUAAAAGUCCUGGUGUGGGAUACAUUUCUACACGAAUUACAAGGCGUGGUAACACAAGAUCAAGAAUGCCUUAGAUCUAUCAGAGCUGAUAUUAUCUUCUUAAUUGAUGGUACCAAUGCAAUCGAUGAAUUUUCAUUUGAAUUUUACGUAAAGGAUUACCUGAAUGAUUUUGCUAAAAAAUUAUCUAUCAGAAGUGACGGAGUGUUAAUUUCUGUUAUAUUAUAUACUAACCGAUUGUAUAUGGCAGUGAGACCAGAGCAUUCUGUGAAUUUACCCACCUUGUUAACAGCAAUACGUAAUAUGAAACAACCUGGUGAACAUAGAACACAAAGCAAUAUAAUUCAUGCAAUUUCAAGUGUCCUAAAUAUUGCAUUCACUGCAAUAAAUGAUGAGAAUUCAGAAAAUAUAACACGAAUCGCUAUCCUCCUAACAAGUGGAGAUAUCCAACAGAAAUCUUUCAGUAAGCAUGAUCAUUCGAAUAUUCAUGGUCAUAAUCGUAACAGUAACGGAUACGGAUGGAACCCACAAAUACUGAUGAAGACAUCUGAAACAAUCAUAAAACUUUUACAUUCACGUGUAGACUAUGUAUUUAGCAUCGGAAUGCCAGGAGCUGAUAGAGAUGGAGUCCAUAAAUUAGCGAAACCCCUCGAAUCUGCCUUUAUUUUAAGUUAUCCAAAUGGUUAUCAAGAUUUAGAUCUGAGAAAAUUUGACCCAACUGAAGCUUUUUGCCCAGUUAAAGAGUACUGUACCAUCAACGGAGUGCGUAAAUUACUGAAUUCGAAGAAGUCUGUUGAACGAGUUUACAGACGAGGAAACGGUAUAGUGCCAUGGUAUCAUUAUGAAUACCGAAAAAGAAAUCCCAGUUUAAGAAAUGAAAGACAGCAAAGACGUGGGCAUAGAUUUGACAGUGAUUAUUAUGAUUAUGGCGAUGCUAACUAUGAUGACAGAACACCUGCCGAAAGACCUACGAGCUAUUACAAAUCUAGUAGCGAUGACGAAACAUUAAAUGACAAGUUAAGAGCAUUGCUUGUUUUACUGAAGAAUUAUCAUGCGGAAAACGAGGAACAAGCUUCACAAAAUACUCGGUAUACUACAACCACUACGGAGACACCAAAUCACAAGAUUGUAUACCCAUUAAGAUCACAAUAUGAAAUCCCAAAAGUUCAACAGCAGAAACCAUUGGCUAAACCAGCUUCCCGAGCAGACAGUAAUCAGCAUGAAACAACAAAUACAUCAAACACUAAAGAUCCUGGAAUGAUAACACAACCUGCUAUAAAGAAUGAAACCCAUUCUGAUAAAAGUAGCUGUGAAUCACAGUUAAAUAAGAUAACUGACCUAUUAAUAUUUCUCCUGAAGCAAUCUCUGACACCAAAUGGUUUUAAUUUAGCAACAAAAGUCAAUUUAAGUGUUUUAAACGAAACUUCAAAUGGACCUUUGGUAGCAGUUAGUGCAACUGAAUUCUCAAGUAACCUACAGGAAAUCUAUUCAGAAGUUGUAGCGCCUAAAGUAGAAGAACGUCGGUUACAAGGCGAUGAGCAAUCCAAAAUCAAGAAAUUAUCACUAAUCGAUGUUUCCCAUUCUAGUCAACAGUUCAAACAACAAAUAAGUUAUUCAACUAACAAAGUAUAUUUUCAACCAACCGAUUGGCAAGAUUGUGCUAUGCACAAUGGAGCAAUCCUGAUGUUUGCAAUGAAAUCUCAUUCAGGAUUAUCUUUAAGUGAAGUUUAUUCUUCGAACAGUGAUACUUCAAUUACACCAUCAAGUACAAUAGAAAUUCAACCUAGUGGUACUAAUAACUAUGCUAAUAAAGAAUAUAUAAAUAAUAAUGCAUCAAGUUAUUGGUAUAAACAUCCCUUAUUUAACCAAUGGAAUAGUGGAUUAUAUAAAUAUGUUCUGUUUGAAUUAUGGUCUAAUCAUAAUCCAAUUGUUCAAUUAAAGUUUGACGCGCAAUACUCGGAUAGAUAUACCUGGUUUAAUAAAGUGUUUCUACACACUUCGUAUCCAUGGGAUAAAAAUGAACUUACAGAAAAGGCCAAAUUCAUUCGUACAAGAAAUGAACCAUUCUCUGUUAUUUUUGAUUCAAAUUAUAUCGACCACCUAUCGUCUUCAUCAGUUGACCAAAAAACAAUCCAAAAGUUGAGGAGUGAACCUCUGAAUUGUGAAUUCUUAAGAGGUUAUCUACUAAUCGUAGACAGUCCAGAUUCUACAAUUUUCCUAUGUGAAUGGUAUGUAACAAUAAAUACAAUGACUACAGAUUUUCAAAACGAGAAUGACAACUACCCAAAAUUUUACUAUACAUUACCCAUAAAUUUACCUAAAGAGGAUGAUUUAACAUAUAAAAUCCCACCGAAAUUUUCAAACUACUUUUCUACACUGUAUGAAGCCGACGAACUACGUAUCUACGUAGUGCCAUAUAGCUUGAUGUCUACUAAAAUUGAUGAUGUACAACUACCUCAGGUGAAUACAUUACUCAUAGUACUUGAUACAAACGUAAAUAUCUGCUUUAAUCAAUUAUGGUCUUAUGAAAUUGCUAGUCCACCAAGUUCAUAUCCGUUACAAAAUGGUAAUUUAUGCAACUGUUGGUAUCGCAAUGAAUUAUUAAAUAACUGGUACAAACCAAUAAAUAAUUACAGUCAAAAUCUUAACCAUUUCCCAACAUCCAAUUUAUUAUUUGACUUUAAAUAUGUUCAAAUUGAUUUAUUAAAUGGUACUGGUCAUGUUAAAUGUCGUCUGGUAUUUGAUACACAUGGUGCAAAAGCUGAUUCAUGGUUUUCUUCAACACGUUUAAACUAUUCAUGGCCGCUAUCAAUCACAACGUUAAAGACCUACAAUUUUGUACAAUUCGGUCGCCAAAUUUUGAGUAAUGGGGAAAAAAGAAAUUUAUCAGAAUCCUGGUUACAUUUUGAUUUUUGGAUUGGCAAACAUAUGUUUGAACCACAGUUAUUAAAUGAAGAAAAUAAGUAUAUGAUGAUGACAUGCUUAAGUAUAUUCUUUGUUUACAGUUCAGAAAAUGGAGCUGAUAGCUAUAUAUUACCCAAAUGUAUGGAAGAUCAAAUCAAUGUAUUUGAUAAUUCCAAACUAACAACAUUAGCUUUCAGUGAGACGUUAGCCCAACUGAAUGAUAUGCAUAAAAUGCAACAGAUUAUAAUAUGGACGAAUUAAAUUAUUUACAUCAACAUCGUAAUACAUUGUUGUACUCUCCCUUUCUACUAACCAAUAGUCAAAUAUUAUGCUUUACUGACUACAGAAAUACAACAUGAAAAUCUACAGUGUAUUUCAGACAAUUCCUUCCUUACCAUGAUAACUUUAAAUCACACUUAAAUGAAGUUAUAUUUUGCAGACUUUUUAUUAAAUUUCAAAAAAAGAAACCCUUUCCUUUCAUUUGACGGUUUUAAAGGUUGAGUAAGUAUGAAGAAAAUUUUCAUGAAAUGGUACUAGUUAGAAACUUACUUUAGAUUAAGGAAUGAUAAAGAUCGUUUUAACAAAUUUCUAAACAUUUUACUUUUAAAAAUAAGUUAACCAACUCCGUUGUCAACUACAUAGAAGACUGCAAGAUACGUGGAACUAAAGUGAAAUCUGAAAUUUGUGAAGUUUGAUGGAUUCUUGAAAUGAAUACAACCAUUCUGAUUGCUAACGUUAAGGUUCUUUCAAAUAAAAGCUAUUUAUUAUG